AGCUUGAGUUCAACAUGAAAGAAUCGUGGUUUUACUUGUUCAGUCGCCCAAUUCAAUUGGCUCCACUUCCUGCAGUGAUAUGGGGCGGUAUUGUUUAUGGCGCCCAGAUGAUGUGGCUUUCGCUCAUGGCCACGACACAAUCGGAGAUUUUCGAGACAUACUAUGGCUUCUCCACCUCUUCUACAGGUCUUACCAACUUGGCUCCAUUGGCUGGCUGCUUGAUUGGCAUGGUCUAUGGAGGACGAUUUGUGGACUGGCUCGCGGUUUUCUUGGCCAAAAGAAACAAAGGAGUUCUUGAGGCCGAGUUCAGACUCUACGCCAUGUGGUUUCCUACUUUGAUCAACGCAGCAGGUGUGCUCGCUUAUGGUCUUGGUGCAAACAGCAAGGCUCCGUGGGCCAUACCGGUUAUUGUGGGCCAAGGUUUUCUUGGGUUCUCCAUGACCUCUACAGGCCCGAUCUGUUUAACGUACGCUAUCGAAUGUUAUCCUGAAUUGUCUUCUGAGGCAUUGGUGUUGAUGUUGUUCGUUAGAAACAUGAUAGGCAUGGGUUUCACAUGGGGUAUCCAGGCUUGGUUAGAAAGAGAUGGACUUGUCACGACAACCUGGUUAAUGUUUAUGUUAUCGCUUAUUAUCAACGGGUUUGCGAUCUUCUUUAUAAUUUGGGGGAAGAAGUGGCGCAAAAUGACAAAGGAAUACUACUUGAGAAUUGCCAAUAAAUAGAAUGGUAUCCUACUACAGCUACAAAGAUACGAAUAAGUGCAUAUAUAUCAUUCGAGAGCAGGGCGGUGACAUGAACUAAGAGUCUGAACCCCAGAUUAACACAGUCAAAGAUAGGGUAGUAGACAAAAAGAUAGGUCAUACCGGGGUUCGAACCCGGGUUACCGGAAUCAGAAUCCGAGGUGAUACCACUACACUAUACGACCUUAUUGAUGGCUACAUCUGAGUGGAAGAAACAAACAUAGUAGGUUGAAUACUGAACGUGAACGUAACAAAUUCAGAAGG